UGAGGCACAGCUGGGCAUUGGGGUGGUCCUGUCCCCCUCUGCAGCACUGGGACCCCCCCGGGCUGCUGCCAGACCCUCACCUGGGGUCUGUGAUAACAACAGGGAGGAGGAGACGCUGCGUGUCACCACAGGGCCGGCUGUGGGGCAAGUGUGGGACAGCAGCGAGGUCAGGGCCUGUUGCACAACCCCGUGUGCUCCUGCCAUGACAGCAGCCGUGGCUGGAGGCGACUGGAGCCACGACUCUGCUCCAAGCAGGAGUUCACCCUGCGCCAGCUCCUUCGCCGGGGCCCGUUGGCUCACUGAGGCAACACCGGCCAGUUUUCUACGCUGUGAUUUAGAGGAAGAACAAACGAUCCAAGUUUGUUUUCCCAGUUGAAUUAAUUUUAGUUCAGCCUCUGCGUGGGAUCGUGUUUGAGAGCCGAGCCAGCAGCGCGGGUCGGGUGGUGUUUGUUUGCUCGGUGGAGAUGUUUUCCUGGCUGGAGCAGCAGCCCCCCGAGGGUGGCCAGGGCAGGUUGGCAGUGGGGGGCUGCAUGGCCAGAGCCACCGUAAAUAUUAUUGUGCUCUUGUCCUGCCUGGAGGGAGCAUGAUCCUGUGGUGUGUCCUAGGGAGUGGAUCCUGUGCAGAGACAGGGAUUUGGGGGAAAAGAGUGGCAGGGCUGGUUAUCUUCAGGGGCACUGUGGCCCCUGAGCCCCCCUCAGCAGCUGAAGGCUGAGGUGCAGAGGGAGAGAGGGACUUCAUGCUGUAGCAGAGGGGCAGGAUAGAGUCCCUUCCACCUUGGAAUAUUCUGUGAUUCUGUGAUACUGGAGCAGAGUGUGGGGGCUCUCGCAGCCGUGGCAGGUUCCAUGUCCUGAUUGCUCCAUAGGGAGCAAUGGGAUGGGGUUCCUAGUGCACCCCAUUAGUGUUAUCCAUGCUCAUGGCAUCUGCAGGCAACUGGGGGGCAGAGUGGUCCCCAAAGCCUGGGCACACACCUGGAUGCAGCGUGGUGGGAAGGAGCCCCAAAGGGGUGGGAGAGCACCAACCCCGUGGGGCAGGGGGGCUUCUUGCUGCCCUCUGCACUGCUCUGGCUUCCACUAGAAGGGAGGCAAAGGCUCCAUCCCACUGAGCUGGAGGACACAGGCGGGCUCCCCUGGGGACCUCACAGCCCCUUCCCUCCUGCCUGCCAGCUCCCCCCUCCUCCCCAUUUUUCUCCGGUGAGUCAGUGGUGGUGAAGGGGUGGGCAGGGAGCUGCUGCCUGUUCCCUGCCUCCUGCUGCUGCCUGUUCCCUGCCUCCCUGCCUCCCGCCGCAGGAGCUGCCACUGCGCGGGGAGCAGGCAAGUCGAGGCAGUGCCGAGCAGGCAGAGAUGGAUGUUUGCAGCUGAGCCCGGCCAAACCUGCUGCUUACAAGAGGCACAGGCCUGGCCAGGAGGGGGACAGGAGCUGGGAUUUUCUCCUCUGGCUCUCCCCAGAUGAGGAGCAGCAUCGAGGGAGCUGGGCUGACACCGUGUCCCACUUGCAGCAUUGCUGGUCCAGGGAUGAACAGCCCCGGCCGUGUUCCUCUGGGGUCUCAGCUCCGGUCUCUCCCUUGUGCAGCCCUUCCCAUUGCCACCCCUGUGUCUCCAGCCCUGCUCUGCCAGCACAGAGAGGAGCAGGAAGAGCUGAAGGCGAGGUACAUGGAGUUCCCUGUCCCUUCCUAUUACUGUGCCUUACUGCAGGGAUGCUCUGCUACCUCCACACCGUCCCUGUCACAGGCAGCAGCAGAUACCAGUUCCGAGUCAGGGAGACCAUGCUUGAGAGAGUGCCUGGUGCUGAGAAACCUCUGGCUCUUUCUCUGGGAGAAUCCCGCUGCCACAUGUGGACGAGGCACGUGUGUCAGCCGAGCCUGGAGGGGACAGGGUGAUCCAGGAUGUAUUGCAAGGAAUGCACAGGCACAAGGGCCGGGACACCAGCCCGACCGGGCGUGUUGCUACCGGCACCAGCUGCAGCUGCAGCAGCUUCCCCAGCCCACCGAGGCCUGCAGCCUGUGCCACGGGAUCAGGGCUCUCUCCCUCCUGGAUUCUCCCUCCUUCCCUGUCCUGUUUGUGGCAGGUUUCACUGUGUGUUGACAGAGCCAGGGGCGAGGCUGGCUGGAUGAGGAUGAUGCGGUAGCGAAGGUCGCAGGGAGUGGGAGGGGAAGCGGAGGCUGCUCUUCGCACGCUGCCACAAGGCUCCUCCGUGGCCAGGAUAAUCCUGGCUCUGCCCUGGAUUAUCCUUUGAGAGAUUGCAGGCAGCCAUGCUGAGCUCUUCCUGCCCCGACUGCAGCGAUGUCACACUCAGGAGGGGGAUGCAAGUGUUGUCAGCGAGGGACGUUCCCGAGGCCCUUUGUGUCCUUGUGGGCAACGGGCCCGUGAAGGAAGGUGGAGCAGGGACAGGGUGUCUGCCAGCACCUGGGAAUGUCCUCACAGCCCUGGGAGCAGCUUCCAUGCGUGCUGCCAUUGGCAGACCCACGGGGCUGAAGCUCAGCCGUGCCUGGGCCCUGCACCAGCAGCACAGGGGGGACUGUCCACCUUCACUGCGGGGGCUCCCAGAGCUCCUCGUGCCAUGAAGGGUCAUCCCGAGUGCAGCCCCAUCCAUGCAGACAAAGAUGGAGAGCUGGACCCUUCCCUGUGGAGCCAGGAGCAGUGUCCCUCGGCUGCCACCAGCCAUGGCCCUCGCUGGGCUCGUGACGGGCUGCCCGGAGCGCAGAGGGCAGUGCUCAGCGCAGCACGUGGCUGCUGGCUUUGUGCUUCCUCAGCCCUUUAAUUAUGUCCCUUUUCCACUUGUGCUGUGGAAAGAGCCGGGGAGCGUCUGCCCGCGGCCCCCGGCACCUUCUGGGUGAGCGCGUGGGCAGCGGGGCCGAUCCUGCCCGUGCUGGGGCAGGUGCUGGGGCAGGUGCUGGGGCAGGCACAGCCGGGGUGCUGCUGGUGUUGGGUGUUAUGGCCACGGAGGAGUUCCAGGGAAGAAAUCUUUCCUGAGCCCGGCGCUGCCUGGCUGGGAACACAAAGGUGCCCUUCACAAGGUCAAACUGUGCCUUGGGCUGCACAGUCACUUCCUGGGGUCUGCUGGGACCCUGUGUUGGGUGACGCUGCUCUGACUACAGCCCAACCUCUGUCCUGAUGGAAUAAACCCUGGGCACAGACUGUGGAGAGCUGGCAGGGCAAGGAAUGGAGGGUUUGACACGUCGGCUCCCAGCUGGCAUGAGGACACAGCUGCCUGCUGGCAGGUGCUCUUCACCUUUUAGGACAAAACGCUUGUAAAGGGGGGAAAUGGGGCUGAUUCCCAAGAUGGCACAGGAUUCCCUGGCUCCACUGCCCCGAGAGCAUGGAGCAAAUCCAUGGUGGGGACCAUCAGUGCCAGGGCUGUGCCAGUGCCUGACUGCCUGGCAUUUCUGCCCCUGCCUUAUGUGCCCCCGCACCAGCAGCUGGAGCUACUGGUUAGACUGGUCUGAGACCUGGUUCUCCCCCAGCCCUUGUGACCAUGACGUGGCCGUGCUGGACGCCCUGUCCCUAAGGACAAACACCCUUUGCCCCACCAUGGCUCGUGUCCCCCUGCUCUGGGCUGAGCUGUGCCAGGAGCUGGGGGGGCUGUGGUGGACACCGUGUCCUGGGGGCACUGAGGAUGGGCAAGGAAGGGGAACGCCAACCCUUCUGUCUGUGCUGUGUCAUAUCCCAAGGGCUGGUGCUUGCCGGAGGAGAAGCCUCCCAGUUCUUCCCAGUUGGCCGCACUGUUGUGGAAACGAGCAACUGGUUUGCAGCGUCCCGGGGGGUCCCAGGGCUGCGAGAAGGGGAAAUCGGGGGAAAUCCUGGCCGUGAGCCUGGAAGAACAGAUCCCUGUGGUCCGUGCCGUGCGUGGGAGGAGGCGGGAGAGCCGGGGGAGCGAGCGGGAGGCCAGAGGAGGGGCCCCCACUCUCCUUCUCCCGUGACCGAGGAGCGCGGUGGGCGCAGCUGGGGCUGUCCCCUCCUGCCACCGCGCAGCCGUCCCCGGGUCGGGCUUCUCCCCGCUCAGAGGCAGCUGCGCUGGAGGAGCCUCUUUGCCUGGCCGAGCAUCCUCCCGCCGUGCGGAUGAGGACGGAGGGAGGGAGGUGGGGACCGCCGGCAUCCGCCUCGCCGACCACAGCACAAUAGGCUGAGCCUCCUUGGGGGGCGGCGGAGCCCCCCUUCUCUGGGGACCAGACCCUCUCCCCGGCCACCAUGGUGGUUUUCAUGGGCAGGAACCUCUCCUCGCUUCUGGCUUUCUUCAAGAAGAAGGGUGCUGCCAAGGGCGAGGGUGAGAAGCGGCUGAGUGUGCAGUACACGGCGGGCGAGGAAUGUCCCGACAACGUCUUCUUCCCCAGCACGCGGCCCCCGCACCUGGAGGAGCUGCACAGCCAGGCUCAGCAGGGGCUGAAGUCCCUGCAGCACCAAGAGAAGCAGAAGCAGACCAAAAGUGCCUGGGACCACGGGGACACCAGCAGCCUCCAGUCCUGCGCAUUCUCGGAGGAUGACAGUGUGUCCAUCCGGAGCCGGGCGGCCUCCUGUGCCACGGACAGCACCUCUGAGGACGCCCUCUCCAUCCGCUCCGAGAUGAUCCAGCGAAAAGGUUCCACCUUCCGACCGCACGACUCCUUUCCCAAAUCCUCGGAGAGGGCUGGCAAGAAGAGGAAGGACAGGAGGACGACGGUGCUGGGCAUCCCCCAACAUGUCCAUAAGGAGCUGGGUCUCAGGAACAGCCACGAAGCCAAGGGCCGUCCCGGGGCUGAUGGGCGAGGGCCGGCGGGGCGCGGGGGCAGCCAGGCAGCGCAGCCCUUGCUGAACGGCGGGCAGGUCUCGGGCGACGCCGUCCGCAUCCCCACCAUCGACGGGAAGCUGCAGCCUCUGGCUGUGCCCGGCGGCGCCCGCGUCUGCCUGGGAGCCUUGGAGGAGGCAGACGCAGCCCUACAGAAGCACAUCAACAGGGUUUACUACGACGACACGUUGGUGGGGAGGAAGACAGCGGCCAAGCUGUCGCCCAUGCUGAGGCCGAAGUCUCUGGCCGUGCCGGGCAUGACCACCUACGCCAACCACCCGGAGGUGGCGAUAGGCCCCGUCAUGUCCAUCUCGCCCCAGGGCACUUACAUGUCCAAGAUCAUCCCCAACGCCAUCCUGCCGCCCAUGGUGGACGUGGUGGCCCUGACGCGGAGCAGCGUGCGGACGCUGAGCCGCUGCAGCCUCGUGUCGUCCAGCCCGGCCUCGGUGCGGUCCCUCUCCCGCUUCUCCGAGCGCAGCGCCCGCAGCCGUGAGCCCUCCUCCUCCAGCGACAACUGGAGCCACUCGCAGUCCACGGAGACCAUCGUCUCCAACAGCUCCACCAUCUCCUCCCAGGGCGGCUGCGACCACCGGCAGCACGAGGCGGGGCCGCACAGCGAGGUGGACGCUGCAGCUCACUCCGACACCGACCAGAUCAGCGUCUACAGCUCCGCCAGCUUCGCCAGCUCCUGCUCCAAGCCCCCUGCCGGCCUCACGCCUGUGGCCUCGCUGGCUGUGGGGAGCAGCAGUGGCCGGGUGUCCCCUGCCUACAGCAUGAGCAGCCAGGCGGACGGCUCGGACACGGGCAGCCUGGCCAGCGAGCGCUCCUCCGCCCGCAGCGUCUCCCUCAGGAAGAUGAAGAAGCCCCCGGCCCCCCCUCGCAGGACCUACUCACUGCACCAAAAGGAUGAUGGGGAGCCCAAGGUGCUGGGGCUGCCCCCCAAGCCCGACCGGCGGCCCCAGCGGGAGAGCAGCGUGCCCUGGUCUCCGCACCCCGAGCCCUUCAGCCCCACGGCCGAGGAUGAGGUGUUCUCCCCAUCGUCGCUGAGCGAGACCAGCAGCCUCCAUUCCGAGAGCCUGGCUGGGGCCAGCUCCCCCGAGGCCUCACGAGGCCGCCCUGGGGUGACUGUGGUGCUGAGGGAGCCCCAAGCUCAGCCCAAGUGGAGCUGCCCGGAUGGGUCUGACCGCACCAUGUCCCCCUCCAGCGGCUACUCCAGCCAGAGUGGGACGCCCACACUGCCCACCAAGGGGCUGGGACCGCCAUCUGUGUCCCCAGGCAAGUCUCAGCCCCAGAAGCCGGAUCGGAUCUGCUCCCUUCAGUCGCCUGCGCUCUCCGUGUCCUCCUCCCUCACCUCCAUCUCCUCCUCAGCCUCGGACCCCACGCCCCCCGAGGCGCUGACCUGCCGCUCGGACCGGUUCAUCAUCCCGCCGCACCCCAAGGUUCCCGCUCCCUUCUCCCCACCACCCACUAAGCCCCAGCAGCCCCCGGCUCCUGCUGGCCCCCUACUGCCCUCACCAGACCCCCCAGCGCCCAGCACUGCCUGCCAGGAGCCCGGGGCCAAGCCCAGUGGCAAAUCUCCACCUCCAUCGCCGCCUCCUGCCUACCACCCACCUCCCCCGCCAGCCAAGAAGGCGGAGGGGAGCCCCCAGACCACCGGGGAGCCCCCCGCUGACACCGCCUGGCCCCCGCCACCACCACCAGCUCCUGAGGAACACGACCUGUCCAUGGCAGACUUCCCCCCUCCGGAUGAAUCCUAUCUCUCCAGCCUGCCCGAUGCCACCUCGGCUCCAGUGGACGGGCAGAAAGUGACACCGAGCCCGGGGGCUGCAUCUUCACCAUCCUCGUGCAGCCAACAGCAAGUCCCACCGGCCGGGGCACUGCAGCCCCCGUGUCCCACUGAGCCCCUUCCUGAGGCCUCUGUGCCGCCGCCGCCGCCUCUCCCGCCACCCUCGGCUCUGGCUCUGCCACCCCAAAUCAGCCUUAAGAAGGCGGCCAAUGGCCCGCGGGCAGACGCCAGGAAGGAGCCGGUGUCGCGGAGCAAGAGCGGCCCUGUGCCCAAGGAGGACGCCAGCCUGCCCAUCGUCACGCCCUCGCUGCUGCAGAUGGUGCGGCUGCGCUCCGUCAGCGUGGAGCCGCCGGCCGGGGCCGAGGAGCGCCCGGCCCCGCAGAAGCCCGUCCGCCGGUCCCUGUCCACGCGGCAGCCCCCUCCUGCCAAAGACACGGUGCCUUCCAACCCGCUCCACCACGCCGUGCACCUGAAGGCGGCCGCCUUGGCCUCCGGUGGGGCCGCGGAGAAGCCGCCCGGCAGCCCAGCGGCCCAGCCCGGGGGGCCCCCCGAGGAUGGGCAGCUCUCCCCCAGAAGCAAGUCUGCGGCCUCCACCGCCAGCUUCAUCUUCGCCAAGAGCUCCCGGAAGGUGGUGAUCGAGACGGCCUCGUCCCCCGAGGCACAGGCCGACCUGAAGAGGAACUUGGUGGCCGAGCUGAUGAAUUUCUCGGGGCAGCGCUCGGCGGCUCCGGCGGCCGCCCCGCAGGGCCCUGGCAAGGCACAAGCCCACCGAAAACCCGGCAAGGUCCCCCCUCCGGUAGCCAAGAAGCCUUCGCUGGGCCCAGGGCCGGCUCCUUCCCCGCUGAGCCCAAAGGCAGCAGGGGCAGAGGCGCUGGGCUCCCCGGUGCCGGACGGGAACGCCGCGGCGGUGCCGGCGGACGAGAGCAGGACUAAGAGCGAGCUGGCAGGGACAGCGGCCGCGGGGACAGAGGGCAGGGACACCACGGAGCCGCCAGCUCAGAGCCUCCCUGCACAAGACAGACGGGGAGAGACGGCCUGAAGGAUGAUGCUGCAGGACUGGUGCCCCCACGGACAGGAAUCCAAAUCUCUCAGGGACCUGGGCAGGUCAACAGACGAGUGUGGAACUGGCAACUAACUUAAUACAGGAAGCAAACAGCCUUAGCCUCCACGGCCUUGAUGAUAUUUAUGCAAAAAUGGUGUUGGUUUCACUUUCCUAAGUACUACAGCUUUAUUUUGCUUUUUUUUUUACUGGACUCGAGGCCUGUGCCCAGAGCCAGCACCUCCUCCCUGCCAGGCUGCUGCUUGGUCUGGGCGUGCGGAGCCGAGAGGAGUUUGGGGACCGAAGACACCAGAGGUGGGACCACUCUGCUCCAGGCCUGCGAGGAAUUGAAGCACUUUGGACAAGGGAAUGGGAAGGCUUUGGCCACGGCAGUGCCCGGGGGGGGAUGCAAACAGGAGCAGGACGGGAUGGAGGCACUGGUUGGGAGGGACCAGGGCUUUGUCCCCUGAUGGAGAGAGGCAAGAGGGGCUCGUGGCCAGUGCCAGCUCCGGCCACUCGCCACUGCCCAUCCCAGCCAUCCUGCAGCCACGCUGGCCACAGGGUGAGGGGGAGCCUGGCUGCCCCUUGAGCUGCUCUUCAGGCCCUGGGCUCUGGGGUGGAGCCUCGAUUCUUUCUGUAAACUCGGGUCACAUUUUGAUUUCUUUUGAUUGUAAAAAAACUGAAAACCAACCAACCAACAACGAACCAACAAACCCAACCCAACCAAACCAAAAGCAACUGACCCUCUGCCGCCGAGUAGCUGCUCAGAGCUCUGUACCUGGCUGGUAAAAAUGAUGACCUAA